AUGUCAGGCUUCGAUGUGGGUGAAGUUUACUUUAGCGAUGGACUCGGAUUACUUACAAACUUAGAAAAUACUGAAAAUUUAAACACAGAAUUAAUAAACAAAUUCACGAACUUUAUCCUCAAUUUCCAUGGCCAAGAAUUUGAUUAUAUCUACCGGUUUAUUUACCACAAAAAGUCUUCUGACGUCUCCCGCCUCAUAAAAGUCCAAGGAAUCGUCAUCUCGGCGUCUUCUCUCAAGGCAAAAGCCCGCGCAAUUACAAUCCAAUGCCGAGGAUGUUCCACAACCAUCAAUAACAUUCCAAUUGAUAUUGGUUUAGAUGGUUAUAAUCUUCCCCGAAAAUGGUGAUGUAUUGACUGAUUGGCUAGUCAGCAGUCACCGCAGUGUCCGUUGGAUCCGUAUUUUAUAGUCCCUGAAAAGUGCACGUGUGUGGACUAUCAAGUAUUGAAACUACAGGAGACCCCCGACGCUGUUCCUACGGGAGAAGUGCCCCGACAUUUGCUGUUGUUCUGCGACCGACAUUUAUGUGAGAGAGCAGUUCCUGGGAAUUGGAUUUCGGUGGUUGGGAUCUAUUCCGUGAGAAAAACCGGGAAGGAUCGAGCUGUGGGAACACGGAGACCGUAUUUGAGAGUGUUGGGAAUAGACGGGACUAUCUCCACUGCCAUCAAGUAUUCCGACGUGGAGGAAGGUCAGUUUCGAGCUCUGGCCAGUCAAAAGAAUGUUCAUGACGUUAUAGCCGAUUCGAUCGCGCCUUCGAUCUUUGGGUCGAGGGACGUAAAAAAGGCUUUGGCUUGUCUCGUCUUUGGUGGAAGUAGAAAAAUGUCUAUUUUAAUUGUUUGA